CAUACCUCUAUCUAUCCCUUUGACUCAAAGCCUUUUGCACAGUCAAUACCUUAAUACAAACUAUAAAUGCCGUUUCUUGAUAUUUCUCACUUCAUCUUCUUCUUCUUCAUCAUAUCAGUCCUCCAAUUCGAUCCACAAUACCUCUUCGAGAAUCGCAUACCACUCGCAUACCUAUUCAAGCUUACCCGCCAUGAUCAUCCCUCUCAUCUGCUUUCAAGGCAAAGUAUACUGGGCCGCUUGCAAAUGCCUCAAGGAGGCCCUCGAUUAUCGCUGUGGCCGCCAUCCAUAUUGUCUCUGUCACUAUAACCCAGUCACAUUCAUUUUCACGCUCAGCUUCAAACCAGUAAUAGGAUAUUUACGUCGGUUGCCAAAUGGUACGAUAACGGGGGAUUGCGAUGAAUGUAGGAAAAGGAAGGACAGGAAAGUGGUGGUAGAAGAGGAUUCGCGGACUGGGACUGGAGAGCCAAAGAGAGAUGAGGGCAAGGAAAAAGUGGACGAUAAGGAUUCGCAAACCCUGCCUGGAGAGUCAAAGAAAGAUGACACGGGUAAGGAUACGAACGGUUAGUGGUUCAGCUUUUGAUGAUUAGGCAGGGAGCUUGCUCGACUCACUUCUUUCCCUUUAGCGCAAUCCCCAUCAAAUACCUAUGUAGAUCUC